CUUUGCGGUUCCUUCCCACCUUUUUGAAAGUGUGAGGCGCCUUAUUUGGGAAAACAUGCCUCGUCACGGACCAAAAUAUGAAGAUGUUCGCCUCACUGGGACUUAUCAACCUGCUAAUUUUGCACACAUAGAUCGCACAGCGGCUUGGUCACGUAAGCAGUGAUGACAGGAAAAUUUGAAUGAUGGACGCCCGAGGCGUAUAUAAGGAAAAUGCAAGCCGAAUAAAUUUAUCCUUCAUACCGGAGAGGUAAUUUUCUAUACCGGUUGUGACGACAAGAGCUGACGCCACGUGAGGAAAUUACAGUUGUAAUUUCCGUGUUCGCAGCAGCGAGUUUGUUGAAGUGAGCAUCGCGACCAGGUAUCUCAGUCCACUGACCAGAAGAUAGCGUAUUCAGUAUCGUACAAGGUGGGUAGCAGCAACAGGCGACCGGUUUUGGAGCGGUCGGUCAUUCGUUUUGAGCAAGAACUAGAGGUGACUCGCGCCGCUGUGGACAAUAUUCUGUACCAUCGAAUAUCUGUACUGUAGUAUCUCCGGGAUGUGGCUUGUGAACAGUGUACGGAACCUCCACGUGAGGACUUCCCGGGACGGUGUGAUCGCGGGCGGCGGGGCUGACGACACCAGGCGCCGCCCGUGCACCAACGUGCUCACCCCGGACACAAUUCCCGAGUUCGAGAUCCCGACCACGGAGUUGCCGUGUAGGCUGACCGGUGACGAUAGUCCUCCUCGCGGGGUGGUGCAGAGCGUCAGUACCCACAGUGCCGCGGAGUUCAUAGAGAAAAGUAAAGAAAUGUUCUGGACGUCAAGCUUGGAAAGUCUCGCCUUGUCAAGGCAGAACAGUCGUGAGUCGGACGGGGCCGGUAGCCACUCCACCCCGCCGCGCUCCCCAGUGAAGCCCCGGGCACGCCGGCUCGGGGUCUGGAACCGUCCCACCGACUGCGCUGAGGGGUCUCCCGCCAAAACAGACGACACUGAUGGCGUGAACUCUGACCCCAUUUCCAGGGCAGCCAUGACCUUGCAGCACCUGGGGAAAAAGACGACGUCAUACGGUUUUACCACCUUGGAGACCUCUCCCACUACUACCAGAAAAGAGUCUCUGUACUUCGGUAGGACAAGUCCUAUCGUGGUCACGCCGGAGUCUGGAUCAGACGAUGGUUGGCGGUUGCCUAGCAACAAGCGGCAUAGCAACGCCAGUUCCCGCGCUUCCAACAGCCCCCGGUCGGGCCGGUCGGCGGGAAGCGGCAGUUCCACCGAGUCCUCUCCCGUCAGCUCUCCUAGACCGACACGGCAUCGGAAGUGGUCAUGUGACUCUGAAACAACAUGCAGACGCAGGGGCAGCAAACGGUCGCCUAAGUACGUCCGGCGGCAGCGGCAGUCCACUCGGCGACGUUCGUCGCUCACCGUCCCGCAAAUGGAAUAUUUCUCCUCGGGCAGCUCUCCCAGCUCCGCCGAACCAAGUCCGAACAUGCAGCGUAAAAUCAUCCCCCAGCCACGGGAGAGGAGCGUGUCGCUUCAGGUUCCAACGUUCACUUAUGUCCGCCGGGACUCCCAUGAUAAAGAGAUAGGACUGCCUCCACACUACCUCGGGGAACUCAAGUUCUCAGUCGAGUUUGUCAAGCGUGGGAGGCAGCUGAAGGUGUCAAUCAUUAAGGCUGAGAAUCUGGGCGGCCACAAGCACGCCAAGAACAACAUCAACAGCUACAUCCGGCUGUACCUGCUGCCCGGUAAGGUGGGGCGACAGCAGACGCGAACAGUCAAACACACGAGGAACCCCAUCUUCAACGAGGAGUUCUACUUCGGUGGACUAGGUCUACAGAUGCUGAACGACAUGAAGCUGCGCAUGAAAGUGUUCAGCAAGACUCCGCACCUGCGCAGAGACGAGCUGCUGGGUGAGGUGCAGGUGGUGCUGGGUACCCUGGACCUGAGUCACGAGAACCGCCUCUGGAGAAAUCUCGAGCCCAAGACAGACUCCGAGAUCGUCAUGCACGGACCUGAUGGCGCCGAAGACGACACGAGACAUACCAAGAUCCAGCGCAAGACGUGCGACCCUGUCUUCAAGGAGGCCUUCAGUUUCCAGUUUCCAUCCGACGUCUUCGCGGACUGCAGCUUCAUCGUGACUGUUUACGAUCACGCCCGAAUACUUGCCGACGGAGUGAUCGGACAGGUUCGGCUCGGGGCGAUGGCUACCGAGGAGAGCGAACUGCAGCACGUUCGGAGGGCGGUACGUCAUCGGGGAAAGCCAAUCAACGUCUGGCACGACCUUAUGGAGGCCGAGUGA